GUGUGUUGGAUUUACAGUGAGAUUAGCGUUCGAUUUGUUAAACAUUUAAUCAUGGCUAUGCAAGUUGGUUCACACAGAUUCGAGGGUGAAAGAGAAAGCAUUUAUAAUUUGAUUCCAAAAAUUCAAGAAAGGCCUCCUAAGCCGACGAUGUGAGUGACUAUUUUCCAGUUUUCCAAUCGACUGUACAUCGAUUUUCAUCGGUGACAUGUCUCUCCAUCUUUUACUAACUAUCUUUAUUUUUACAAUGUACCUAAGACUAACAUUUUCAAACGUUUUUCCGACAGGUAUCGCUCCAAUUUCUCCACCAAUGUGCGACAAGAGGUCAAGACGAACAAGCAGAGCUCGAAAACGAUGGUGAGUUAUAAACUUAAGCUUUUGCUUUGAGUUGCGUUUGUUGUUAUGAGAAUAAACAAAUUGGGCAAAAGAAUGUUAAUCGUGCUCAAUAUUUUUUUGCUUUGUUAAGAAUAAAGUUCCUUUCUUUUAGGGGCCACCGAAAGUUGCGCUUACGGGGCCGAAAGAGUUUUUGGCGAAGCAUUCGAAGGAACCUAGGUUACCAGAAAGUAAGCAUACACCGUUCACUUUAGUACUCAAGCUAAUUUAUGAUAGUAGUUUGUUGCUUUGAUUCGAGCUUUAGCUUGUAUUUCGCUACAUGUAUUUCGGUUUUAGCUUGAGAAGGAACAAUUUGGAGACAAAUUAUCCAAACAAUUUUGUGUUCCUCUUUGAAAAGGCUACUUGGCUUGUGUAUUAUUCAAAAGUCGUGCUUAGCGUUUUUGGGUAUGGUACACAUCGAUGCGAUACAAGCUAGACAGCCCUUAAGUUAAUGUAUACACGGAGGAGAGUAAGACCUCUGCCUUAUUUUGGCCGUAGCACAAGUAGAGUUGGAUUAUUGCAAAAUUCUUUUUUUUUUAAAUCUGUGCCUGCGGUUGUGAACAACAAGAAGCUUAUUGUAUAUAGUUACACAACAGAAUGCUAAUUAGAUUAUAAUUUUUAUUUGUUAGAGACUGGUUUCAAGUAUCCGGACCACGAUACCAGACGCCCUCCUGUUCCAAAACAUGAUGAAAAACCUCUUAUGGGGCUACGUUCAAACAAAGACCACAUCAAGACAAAUGCUGUGGAAAAUAUCAUGUCUGUACCAAGGAAACCAGAGAAAAAAUUUGCUGACACUCGAGCAGGUGCAACGCACCCACUUGAUCCGUCAGGAUUGACACCUAAGUAUGUCAACAAGAAAGAUUUUGGCAAAACUCCGGCCUAUUUAGAGAGAAGGAAAGCUGAAGUAGAAAGAGCCCAGAAGGAAUAUGAUGCCUAUGUUCAAGAACGAUUUAGGCAAGGUGCCAUGAAGAGCUUAACAGAAAACGAAAGGUAACGGAGAAUUUUACAGUUGACAUUUGCUUUUGCCCAUCAAAGUUGUAAAGACCAGUUUGUUGUGAGAGUGUUGAAAAGAAGCAAAUUUUAAUUGGUGUUAGUUUUUCUCACAGAAUAGUAAUGCAGAUAUAAUAAUAAUAAUUAUAAUAAUAAUAAAACCUUUUCUAUUGAGGGUAGCACUUAAUUCUCCUGAUAAUCUACACAUGGCUUUCAGAAAAAAUUAAAUAAAUAAUAAAAUAAAAAAUGCAAUAAUCAAUCAAAAAGCUAUGAAUCAUUCCACUCUGAAAUAGAGUACAGUAUUAAUAAAUUGUCUAGUGGACACCUGUUAACCUGGGCUAGUAUCAGCUACAUGUAAAUACCCAACUAAAAAAUAUUUCAGUCUCUCACUAUUAACCACGUAAUGGUUGGCUCAACUGGUUAAGAGGUGGAUGAGUAACAUACUCUGGUUUGAUCUGCCCUGCUGGACAAACACUUGCAGGGUUAAUUGCUGCCUUUGCUAGGAUAUCUGUGAAUGGUUAGAUUUUCUAUUCUUCACUCCCCAUCAACUUUAAUGAUAGUAAUAAAAAGACAAUGUGCAUGUAUUAUCCAUCACCCUGGCUGUUGUUUCAGGAAAUAUCAGGGUACAAAGAAAGCCAGUGUUACAGCUUGCCUUUUCAGCAAGAUGUCAUAGCAUAUACUAGCCCAGGAGUCUUUUCAACUAGCCCCAAAAACUAUUUGAUGAGCAGUAUUGAUUACACAGAUUUUCUGUACUUUAAGUUACUCAAAAAAACUUAAGGAAGUUAAGAAAAAAAUUCUAGCCCAUGGCAAAAUUAACUAGUGCCAAGCUAUGCACUGCUUUCCUUGCACACUGAAUAUCAAAGCACUUUUUUAUGCCAUAUUUUAUAAUUUUUUUUCCAAAGAAAACCUCUUAGAUGUUUUCUUAAGCAGUUGUUAUUUUAUUAUCCCCCUACAGACAAGGAAUACUUGAUGGACUAAAAAAGAAUUGGGAAGAACUACAUCACCAAUACCAAGGCCUAUCAGUGGUUACAGACACAGCACCCAAGAAAGCACGCAAAGAACGAAUGGAAGCUGAAAUGAAACAACUAGAAAGAGACAUUGAAACUGUUGAAAAACACAAAGUUAUAUACAUUGCAAAUCCUUUCUAG